AUGGGGUUCCCAAAUGUUUUGCGCGUUGAAGCCGACGGAAGGAAAGGGGGAAUUUGGCUCUGUUGGGACGCUCAAGCCUUUCGGGUGGAAGUGUUGUCGGCGUGCUUUCAGCAUCUCACGUUUAAAGUCUCGUCGGCCUCAGCUCAGCCUUGGAUUUUGACGGCUGUGUAUGCGAGUCCCAGACAUAAUUUGCAGCGGUUCCUUUGGAACUCCAUCUUUGGAUCCAGCGAAGAAAUUGAGCUGCCCUGGCUUCUAACUGGAGACUUCAACACCAUCAAGGAUCCGUCGGAGCAAGCAGGACCGGCCACACCUGACAUCUAUCGACGUUGCAAACGUUUCAGCGACAGGAUUAGCCAAGCCAAGCUCAUUGACUUGGGCUUUUCUGGUCCUCGUUUUACGUGGACCAGAGGAGACACGCCCAGUUCUGACAAGGCUAGUUGUAUUGAUCGGAGUCUCUGCAAUGCUGCUUGGAAUGCUGUUUUCCCCGAUUCGACUGUCAACCACCUCCCCCAGCUCCACUCUGACCAUCACCCGCUUCUGACAAGGCUAGUUGUAUUGAUCGGAGUCUCCUUACGUCUCUUGGAAACCAGGGAGUUCACACCGCUUCUCUUUCUCGUCCUUUUAAGUUUGAGGGUGCUUGGAUUACUCACGAGUCUUAUAAUUCUUUCCUGUCUAAUAGUUGGGACUCUCAGGUCCCUCUGCAGGAAGCUCUCCAAGAUAUGGCCAGCAAGCUGA